GCACACCAUCUUGCGUCUUCGGAUGCUGCGCCUGCCUCCAUCGCGCAUGCGCAACAUCUGCAGGACACUGCACGGAGGAGGCAGUAGAGGAAAAUGGCCCUCGAUAAUUUAAUUUUCGCCCAAUGCAUUCUUUAUUUUUUAGCCUUUGUGUUUGGCUUUAUCUCCGUGGUGCCCCUGUCCGAAAACACGGAGGACUUCGGGGGGAAAUGUUUGCUGUUCACGCGCGGGAUGUGGCAGAAUGAGAACAUCACGGUAUCGAAGCAGCGCUUCAUCGUGGAGGAAUGGGGAGCGGAAUCCUUCUGCAGUUUCAUCGCAUUCGUCGGGAUUGCUUCCCUCAUAUUGUCUGCAGUCCAAGCCUGGAGGCUGCUCUUCUUCCUUUGCAAAGGACACGAUGACUCCAUCUUUAAUGCCUUCCUCAACCUGCUGAUUAGCUCCUUGGUGGUGUUCACAGUCUUCCUGUCAAGUACCAUGGUUAGUGUGGGCUUCAACCUGUGGUGUGACUCACUCACAGAAGGUGGCACCAUGCCCAGCAGUUGUGAAGACCUGCAGGACACUGAUCUAGAGCUGGGUCUGAACAAUUCUGCCUUCUAUGACCAGUUUGCUAUAGCUCAGUUUGGUCUCUGGGCUGCAUGGCUCACCUGGCUGGCCAUUACUGUGCUGGCCUUUCUCAAGGUGUACCACAACUACAGACAAGAAGACCUGCUGGAUAGUCUCAUCCAUGAGAAGGAGCUGCUCCUUGGACGCUCCUCUCGCCGCAGCUCUGACCUCAAAACCGGCCUCAUCUAG